AUGCUUGGAAUGCUUUGCAUCAUCAUUAUCACCCUCCUGUUGCCACCUCUGGGUGUCUUCUUAGUAGCAGGAUGCGGUGCUGAUUUGCUCAUCAACAUUCUCUUAACGCUUCUUGGCUACUUCCCCGGCCAUAUCCACGCGUUUUAUGUCGAAUACGUCUACUAUCACCGACGCAAAUACAACAAUGCCUCACAGCCUCUUCCUCCGGCGGGCGGCAUCUACAGUCCAAAGGUCCAAAAUGCCGGCGGGACCCAGUAUGGCACCGUACCCACUUAA